AUGGUGAGAUCCAGUGUUUUAAGGUUUGUCAAGCGCAGCACGGUUGAAUGUUGGCGGCGUGUUAGCUGUGUGGUUUGGGUUUCCCUCCUGUCCUGUCGUGGCGGCUGGCUGCGGUGGUCUGGCGAAAGUGCAGGACCCAGCACGAUUACUGUAGUGAAUGCUCCGAGGAGAAAGACCUUUCCUUGUCAGGAAGAGAAGUGA